AUGAAGUUCCUCGCUGCGAUCUCCCUCCUCGCCGCCGUCGCCAUCACGGGCACGCAAGCGCAGUCGCUCAAUCCGCCCGCACCGACGGACACCGCCAAACGCGCCGCGGUCGACCUCGGCCCACGCGGCGUCUCUCUCAACCCGCCCAAGUCGGCGCUGAGGCCGCUCCCGCCGCGCCUCCCCCUCCCGCACACGAACGCCGAGCGCCUCGCGCGCGGGCUCCCGCUGAAGAAGCCGCGCCGCGCCUCCCGCACGUCUCGUGCCUCUCGUGUUCAAACCGCGAAGCGUCAGACCACGUCGGCCACCCCCGUUCGGUAUCACGGCGCGCUGCGGGUCAUCGACCUCGACAACGACGGCAGCUCGCUCGGCUAUGUGAGCUCGACGACGAACGACUUCGGCGAGUACAGCGUCGUGGACGACAUUGACGAUGCGCUCGACGUGACCUUCACCACCGCGGACCCCACCACGCCCUUCGACCUCUCCAUCGACGGCACGUACCCUUUCCUCGGCGCGACCGUGAGCUACAACAGCGACGAUAACGAUCUCUCGACCGGCUCGGCCAACUUCGCGUACCUCACCGGCGUCGAGGAAGUCGCUCCAGGCUCCCCCGCCGUCGACGUCGCCAACUCGUUCUCGGACGCGAGCGGCGAUGAAGAGUCGUCGGAGAGCGCGAUCUGGACGUACGACACCGACAGCGCCCUGCUCGCCGCGCAGUGGAUCAACACUAACGACGCCGAGAUCCAAGUCGACCAGCCCCCGACCGUGCUCGCCUACUCCACGGACGAGGACGCGAUCGUCCUCACCGGCGACCUCGACAGCUUCAUCAGCACCUACGGCGUCGCCUUCCAGAUCGCGUUCCAAUUCAUCCCGAUUGAUGAUACCACCACCCCGUCUUCGUCGCCUCUCACGGAUGCCGACUCCUCCGUGCUCGGUGUCCACAUCGUAGUCUAA